CUCUCGGCCCCGCCCCCUUUCCAGAAGGCUCCGGAAGGAAGGGAACAGAGGAUCGAGGAGUACUAGUCCAGACUCCAGAGAACAAACGCUUGGCCCCGAGGCGAAGCAACGUUUCCUCUGUCGUGGCCCGCGGGAAGGACGCGCGAGGAAGAUGUUUAUCCAGAAGGCAUGGAGGACGGCGGCGUUCGGGCUCUACGGCUUCACCCAGUUCACCAAAUCUGGUUUCCUGGACCAUGCCAAGAAAUUUAGAGAGGAGGAUAUGCAGAUCCGGUUGGAUGGGAAAAACUGCCUGGUAACUGGAGCGAAUUCCGGCAUAGGUUUUGCUACAGCUGAGGGUUUGGCCUCACGUGGUGCAACGGUCUAUAUGCUUUGUCGUAACAAGGAAAGGGGAGAGGCUGCUCUUAAUCAAAUUAGGUCGAAAACUGGCAAUGCAAAAGUUCAUCUGGAGAUAUGUGACCUUUCAUCUCUCAAUGAAGUCAAAUCAUUUGCAACAAAGUUCACUUCACUGGAUGAACCACUCCAUGUCCUGGUUAACAAUGCUGGUUUACUAGAGCACAAGCGUGAGAUUACAGCAGAAGGGUUGGAGCUCAAUUUUGCUGUCAAUGUGGCGGCAACAUACACUUUAACAGAGCUAGUGAUGCCAUCAUUGGAGAAAGCAGCACCUGAAGCUCGUGUCAUCACAGUUGCUUCAGGAGGCAUGUACACUGAGCCAUUGAACAAGGACUUACAGUUCAGCGAAGGCAACUUCGAUGGAACACAACAAUAUGCUCGAAACAAAAGAGUUCAGGUUGCACUCACAGAAUGGUGGGCUAAAAAAUACAGUGACAAGGGAGUCGGUUUCUACUCCAUGCAUCCUGGAUGGGCUGAUACACCUGGAGUCGCCAAGAGCUUGCCAGGACUUUCAGAGAAGUUAUCAGGAAAUCUGAGAUCAAACUAUGAGGGGGCUGAUACGGUGAUCUGGUUGGCUUUGCAACAUAAGGAGAAGUUAACCUCAGGUGCCUUCUACUUUGACAGGGCUGAAGCGCCAAAACAUUUGAAGUUUGCUGGAACUGCAGCUUCCCAUGCGCAGAUAAACUCCAUUAUUGAUAGCAUUAGCUCCAUCUGUGACCUCCAUGCAAAGGGAUGAGCUGCUUGCUGAAGCAACGAUGACAGAUCCUGGACGUGAGAGAGCAUGAUUAAUUUAAAAAAAAAAUUAAAAGCUUAGUUGCAACAGCCGGGAAUCGUCUGUACCGUGGCAGGGUACUAUUCUACCACUAGACCACUGGUGCCUUAAAUGGAAUAACUAGCAAGGUGGCCCGCGCAUUUGCGCGGCUAGUUUUCCUUAUUUGAAUCAAAUGAUUUUUAUUUGUAAAUAUUGUAGCUUGGCAAAUAAUGAUUUACAUCAAACUAUUUUGUUGUUGUUUAGUUUGUUUUGGAUGACUA